UUCAGUUCUGUUUUUGUUCUGAGCCAUCAUCAAAUAGUCUUUAUUGUAAAAAUGGUAAUUUGAUUUAAAUAGCACACUUCUCCCCAGAGAUUGCUUGUGCGCUGCUGGGAAGAACAAUACACAGUACAGCUGGGAUGAGAAAAGCACAGGGUAAAGAUGUGUUCGAAUUCUUCGGUGAACAAUGAAAACCUAUUCUGCUGAACAUCUGGCUGCCAUCCUCCGACAUUCCACCCAAGCAGAACGAGACCUCAGGUUCCUCUGCUGGCUUGUUGUUAGACACUGAUGGGAGAAAGACAAGAAAUAUUUCACUGAAUAAAAGAGAUGUUGCUCUUCAUAAUGAACACUACAAAAAGUAAAAGAAGAUCAAGAACUCAUCCCAGAUUUAGCAAGGUAACAGAGAGCCUGUACCUUAGUAACAAAGAAGCCGCCUACAACAGGACUCUUUUACAUGCACACCAGGUCACUUGUGUAAUCAAUGUGUCCUUAGAGGGUCCUGUUGGUGUUCCUCCUGUCCCAGAGUAUUUACACUUUCCUUUAGAAGAUGCGCCGGAGACCCCUUUACGUGAUUACUUUGCAACUGUAGCAGAUAAGAUCCAUGAAAUAGAAGCAAAUGGAGGGUGCACAUUAGUACAUUGCGUAGCUGGUAUCAGCAGAUCCGCUUCACUCUGCCUUGCUUAUCUAAUGAAGCAUCGAGCAAUGACCUUGCUGGAAGCACAUACCCACCUAAAAAAAUGUAGACCUUUCAUUGAGCCCAAUAUUGGCUUCUGGGGACAGCUUAUUGGCUAUGAACAGGAAUUAUAUGGGGGAAAUACUGUCCAUUUGAUUACAUCUCCAAUAGGAAUUAUACCAUCUGUUUCUAAGGAAAGGACAAAGAAUAUGAUUCCACUAUGAAAGGAAAAUUAUUGGAUUGGAAUGUAAAAUAUAAAAGAAAUCUUGCCUCAUACCAGCUGCUUUUUUAUUGUAAGCCUCUUAUAUUAAACUAUGGACCAAAUAA